UUGCAGUGGGCGGUAACAUGAUAGCUGCAAUUAAAUAUUAUUAGUUCAGUAAAAUAUCGACAUCAUAAAACAAUCGUGAAUAAUUAUUUUCUGAUGCUUUAAUAUAGUGCAUAUAUAUAUAUAUAUAUAUAUAUAUAUUUCAUGAUAAAAUGUACACCUAACCUGUAUCUGUGCUUCUUUGAUCACAAGUAUAUUAUAUAUAUAUAUAUAUAUAUAAUGCAACACUACAAAAUGUUAACAAACGUUAAUAGGAAAUUGUAAAUAUUGUUUUAGUCAAGUAUUAUAAUAUUUACUAAAAAGUAUUGAGAGAUUGUUAUUAAUUAGGUUAUCGUAAGUAAAACUAAUGAUAAACAAAAUUUAAACAGAUGCAGUCAAUAGAAAUACUUGCAUGCAACUUCACAGUGGAUAAAGAAGAUGAUCUGCUUGAAUGUUUGAUUUCAUAUUUUUAUAAUAAAAUAUAUAAUAUAAAAACAUUUGUAGUAAAAAUUAAUGUAGAGGACACAACUUUUCAGUGAAAUAACUAAUUGUUUUAUGUUUUAUUUUAGUUUUCAAUUACUUAAUGCGCGUUUAAAAAUUUAGUUACAGUAAUAAUGUUAUUUGUUUACAGUUAUCAAAAAUGAUGAUUUUGUUAUUUAUUACAAAAAAUACUUAGCAGUCCAAAAAUUCUUGAUAAUUAAGAUAAUUAAGAUAGUGGUAAAAUAGCCAAUUUCAAUUUGAAUAAAAUGUCAAUUCUGAAAGAAAAAGGAUGUCUUUUUUUGGCUUCUUCUCUUUGUGAUGGUCUAGAAGAUAACAAUAUAAACCAAGUAACCACAUUGCUUUUGAACAAUGACGCAAAUCCUAACACAUUAAUUCCUACAUAUGGAGUGACUCCGUUCCAUUUAGUAAUAGGUAAUGACUCUGAAGCUUUUACUGAGGAAGUCACUAAAUUAUUUUUACGUCAUGGCGGUAAUCCAAAUGUCAGGUCAGUUGAUGGAUUAACUCCAGUUCAUGUGGCAGCAGCAUGGGGUAGAGUUAAAGUUCUUGAAUUACUUUUGACAAACGGUGGUGACCCACUUUGUUUGGACGAUGAUGGUCGCAGUCCAUUUCAUUAUGCAUUUGAUGGAAAGUAUUAUAAAGCAAUUGAGAUACUUGGAAAAUAUUGUGAUAACACUGUGAAGGAAAAAAGAGCAAACUAUAAAAUGACUUUUGAUAAACUCCUGGUUAGUAGUGAAGAUGUAAUAGCAGAAUAUAUCGUUCCGCAAACUUCAAGUGUUACUAAAAAAAAUAUAUUUAAGGAACAUAAAGAUAAAAGUUUUGCUAACACAAAAUUUGUAAAUUUUUAUAAUUUCGAUUAUAGUAAUAAUGAUAAAUUUGACAAUACAAUGACAAGUGCAACAAAGCUUCAAAUUCGCGAAGAAAUAGAUAAAGAAAAAUGUUUAGUUAAUGAAAUUAUUAACCAGCUCUCAAAUUCUUUAAAAUCUAACUUCAAAGAAGAAAAAAUUAAUGAGGAAUAUGGACAAUCUAAAAAUGUUCUGGAUGAUACAAAUCCCUCAUCUAUAAUAAGUACUGAUGACAAUAUAUUAUAUAGUAUCAGAAAUAAAUUUUUACUAAAAAUGAAAGGAAAGAAACGAACUGUUACUUCUAAACGUCGACAACAAAUUUUUAGUCAAAACAAUAAUAUUAAAAUUCCAUCAACAUCUCAGUAUGAUUCAAAUGAUUCCAUUAUAAGCAAAUCGCCAAAUUUUUUAGUUAACAAAUCAAUAGAGAAAGAACAAAAAUAUUUAUCUCCAAAAAUACUAAAUAAGGAAUUAAGAUUUAAAACUUUUACACCUUGCAUGACAAAACAUCAAUUGUUUCGAUCAGAAGAAUUUAAUACAAGGAAAGACGUAGCGAAAUCUACACCAAGAAGGAAGAAACGAUUUUACAAACAAUAUUCAUCUCUUAAAAAACUUAGAAGAAAUUAUGAAUUUACAUCUUCAGAAAACACAAGUUCUGAUGCUGCAAAUUCUAUCUCACCAAUACAGAGUUGCACAAAGAAUUUGAAUUAUAAAUUUAAUAAAGAUCUGGCAAUAAAAUUACAUGAAAAUAAAUAUGAUGAUGACGAUAUACCAAUACAUUUUAAUGAAAAUAAAGGUAAUACUGAAACAUGUACAUUAGAAAAAAAUGUUAUAGAAGAAUUUAAUAAUAAUUUUAGAAGUCAACACAUACAAAAAACAGACUUUAAGGAAAAAAAUAAAGAACAAUUAAAAGAACAUAUACAACAAGAAAAGUUUACAGAUGAAGUAGAAGUAAAAAUUGAUGAUACUGUAAAUACUUUCAAAGAAAAUUUAAAUACCUUUCUUUCAAGGGCCUAAAUCAUUAAAUCUAUCAAUGGAUAUGCAUCUAACAAACGAUGCGCUACGAAAAGAAUUAAUUCAUUAUGGUGACAAUCCUGGACCAAUAACUAACACAACCAGACAAGUGUAUUUAAAACGUCUUAUUAAGUUAAAAAAUGAAUCACAUAAUCUUUCUCAUUCAUCCUUUAAAAUUAAUCAUGAUUCGAAGUUGAAUUAUUAUGAAUUUCAAACGAAAUCAUUUCUGAUAUAUGGCGAUUGGGUAAAUGAUUUGGAAAGAUAUAAAAUCAUUGAAAAAAAUAUUUUUGAAGAAUUUUCCUUAGGAAGCCCUUCUAGAAAAUGGAGAGAAGGAAUGAGUAGAACUUGUUUUAAUUAUUUAUUCUUGGAUCCACGUAUAACCAGAGACUUAACUUUUCGUAUAAAAUAUUUAUCAGAAUCCGUAAUCUGGAAUAUAUUUCUUUCUGCUAUAUUUUAUGUGGGCAAAGGUACAUGCAACAGACCAUAUUCGCAUCUUAAAGAUGCUUUUGAUGCAUGGGUUUCGAAGAAAAGCUUUGAAAAUGAAAAAAUCCAACAUAUUUUACAUAUUUGGAAUGCUGGAUAUGGAGUUGUUUGUCUUCGUGUUUUCCAAAACAGUAUUCCAGUAGAGGCUUACACGCGUGAAGCUGCUAUAAUUGAUGCUUUAGGGAUACAACAAUUAAAAAACUCCAAAAGUGGAAAUUAUUAUGGAAUAGCGAAGAUAUGGAAUAUGGAAGAAAAACGCAAUUUUGGAAGAUAUUUGUUAUAUCAAGCAAUGCGUAUUUUUCUAUGUGAAGGAGAAAGACAAAUAUUACCUCAAAAUUUAUAGAAUAUAAAUUUCAUUCUUUCUGACGGACUAAAUAUAUACAAGAAUGACUAACAUAUACGUGUAUAUGUAUCAUAUGUAUCUAUUGAUUGUAAACAUAUAUAUACAUAUAUUUACAUUUUAAAAUUUAGGAUUUAUAUCUAAGUGCAAUGAAAUGAAAGCAAAUAAAAAUUUAAUUUAAUUUUAAUAUUUUAUUGAAUUAAUUUAAGCAUAUAACUACAGAUAUGGUCUUUCUGACUCUACUUUUCUUAAUCUGCGACGCCAAUUUUUGGGAUACCAUCUAUGUUUUGUAGUGUAUGUAAUUUUAGAAAGUUCUUCAAUAACGACUUCUUUUUUCUUCUGCUUAAAAAUCUCAGCAAUCUCUUUUUUACCAAUACAUAAAACAGAAUUCGAUGAGACUUGUUUUUCUUCUGGUAAUGGCAAUGAAUAUUCAUAAGGAAACUCUCGUUCAGGAUGCCAACAAAUGAUCAUAUCUUUAUUCAUUGGUAUAACAAUCUCUUGAGGCAAUUUAACAGAACUUAAAUAUCGUUUGCAGGAUACAUUCAGUAUACGUACAAUACUUAUUGCAGCGUUCAUAUUAUUUAACUUUAUUUCAAAAUGUAAUUGUUUCUUAAAAAAGAAUUCAGAUUUGGAGGGGUUCGGAAUAUAUCAAAUUAUACUUUGAGAAAUAACCUCCAAACAUUAAAAAAUUUUGUAACUAAUGAAUAUCUUUAUAUCAUACUUUGAAUGUAAAACGUAAAUUAACGUGUUUAUGUAAAAUUUAUGUUAUAAUUACAAAUACAAUUUAUCUUAUAAUUAUAUCAACAAAUGACAUGAACAACUUGAUUCUAGUACUGCCACACAUAUUGAAUCUCGAUAAAGAGUAAUUAUUACAUCUUUCAGUAAAAAUAUAAUCAUAAUUAUAACAUUUAAAUUAUUAAUUAUACGAAUUUUUUACAAUGUUUGAUAAUGUCCUUAUAAUUGAA